AUGGGUUUUGAUGAUAUACACAACACAGGCCUUGUUCUGGGAUUAGGUCUUUCAUCAGAUGAUCAUCAUCAUGAUCAGUUUGAAAAGGGAUUUGAACCCUCGCUUACUCUGACCCUUUCAGCUGAUCAAUCUGUUGAUCAUGUGUAUUUACAACCACAGGAUAGUGGUGGCGUUUCAUCGCCUUGCCGUGGCAGCCUGAAGAGAGAGAGAAGGGUUGCCUGUGAAGAGGAAGAGAGACAAAGAAUGGCGUCAAGAUUUUUUAAUGAAGAAGAUGACGGUUCGAAUGGAAGGAAGAAACUUAGGCUCACUAAAGUACAGUCAGCCCUUUUAGAAGAAAGCUUCAAGCAACACAGCACUCUUAAUCCUAGACAUAAGCAAGAUUUAGCAAAUGAGUUGAAGCUUAGGCCUCGACAAGUGGAAGUGUGGUUCCAGAAUAGAAGAGCAAGGACGAAGCUUAAGAAAACCGAGGUUGAUUGUGAACAGUUGAAGAAAUGCUUAGAGACAUUAACAGAAGAGAACAGAGCGCUACAGAAGGAAUUACAGAAACUGAAAUCUUUGAAUUUUCCACCACCUUUGUACAUGCAGCUGCCGGCGGCCACCCUAACCAUGUGUCCAUCCUGUGAAAGGGUGGGCGGCGCCACCACCGCCGCCACCGCUGGUGUUGGUGAUAAUGGGUCAAAGAGCAAGCCACAUUUCUAUAAUCCCUUGACCAAGCCAUCAACAGCUUGCUAA